AAACAAAAUAUGGUAAAUAACCCUUGAAAAGAGAAAACCCAAACCCGCCAGCUAGAGAGCUGCUCAAUCCUCUGCCCAAAAACCCAAUAGAGAAAAAUGGCAGAGGAACCCGCCCCGAAACCUGGAUUAGAAGGACGCACCGUUGAUGAAUGCCGAGACAUGAUCCAAAGAAGUUUCCGGACUCCAAUGGUGAAAUUUUUGAAGGAGCAUUUGGAGAAAGCUGGGUGCACGUUUGGGGAUAAUUUCAUCAAGGCCGUUCAUUGCAACAACCAGAUUAGUGGAGGCUAUGUUCGUGGUGAAGGAAUAAUGGUGUGUAGCAACCAUAUCAACAUGCAAGAUGAGGUCAAUCAAGUAGUUAUACACGAGCUUAUUCAUGCGUAUGAUGAUUGCCGUGCUGCAAAUUUGGACUGGGCUAACUGUGCUCAUCAUGCCUGUAGUGAGAUUCGUGCUGGCCAUCUAAGCGGUGAUUGCCACUACAAACGGGAAUUGCUGCGAGGUUAUAUGAAGAUAAGGGGCCAUGAACAAGACUGCGUGAGAAGAAGAGUUAUGAAAUCAGUGACUGCUAACCCUUACUGCUCCGAAGCAGCUGCAAAGGAUGCCAUGGAGGCCGUGUGGGAUAUCUGUUACAAUGACACAAAGCCCUUUGACAGAGCUCCUUGAAAUUUGGUCAUAGCAAUCCCAACCAGUUUCUGCUAGGCAUAUCAUUUCUAAUGAUUCUGGAAAGAAUCCUAUAUUUGUUUUGUAGGAUAGGAACAUGCCCUGGUUCUUUAAUUGCAUACAUUUCAAUCUAAAGAGAGUAUUCAUUUCUCUAAGAAGUCUUUUAACCCUCUUGGAGAUGACUGAAAGGAAAGGAUUGUACCAUUUCUGAAUGUUACACAAAUUCUAUACCAAUGGUUAUUGAGAUCAGAUUAAGAGAAUAAGAAUCCUCAUUAUACCAAUUUUGUUGGAUUCACUAA